AUGGCCACAACGACAAUGGUGGUUUCGCCGUUGGCCACCCAAUCCCCGCCCAAAAACAAGAGACGCUUAUUUGCCGAGGCUCGCCAGAACAGUCUUCACAAACUCAGCGUAAUUUUCGACCAUGGAAAUAAGAAUGGCAAUGGUGGUGAGACAACGUGGUGUUUCAGUCAGGUCAAAGGCACGCUUGAGGAUGACGUGACAGAGGCGGAUCUGAUAUCCUGCGUUGAGUUCAACCACGACGGUGAACUGCUGGCCACUGGUGAUAAGGGCGGGCGUGUUGUUAUAUUUCAGAGAGACCCAGCGUCAAAGCAAUGUGUACCCAAAAAGGGUGAAUACAAUGUGUACUCGACGUUUCAAUCACAUGAACCGGAGUUCGAUUACCUCAAGUCGCUUGAGAUUGAGGAGAAAAUCAAUAAAAUUAGAUGGCUCAAACAGAAGAACCAAGCUCAUUUUCUACUCUCAACUAAUGAUAAGACUAUUAAACUAUGGAAGGUGUCGGAGCGUGACAAGCGCGUGACGGGCUACAACACGCGUGAGGAAGGCGGGCGGCCGCGGGACCCAGCGCGCGUCACGCAACUGCGUGUGCCCACUGUCAGACCCGCUGAUCUCAUGGUCGAAGCCUCGCCACGACGGAUAUUCGCAAACGCGCACACGUACCACAUAAACUCUAUAUCGUUGAAUUCUGACCAAGAGACGUACCUCUCGGCUGAUGACCUGCGAAUCAACCUCUGGCACCUGGAAAUCACCGAUCAAAGCUUCAAUAUUGUCGACAUCAAGCCGGCUAAUAUGGAGGAGCUUACAGAGGUGAUCACGGCCGCUGAGUUCCAUCCGACUGAAUGCAAUCUCUUUGUAUAUUCUAGUAGUAAGGGUACCAUCCGCUUGUGCGAUAUGCGCGCGGCCGCGCUGUGUGACCGACACGCGAAGCUCUUCGAGGAGCCAGAGGACCCACAAGCAAGGUCCUUCUUCUCGGAGAUCAUCUCUUCCAUCAGCGAUGUCAAGCUCAGCAACUCUGGCAGAUACAUGAUGUCUAGAGAUUACUUAGGUUUAAAAGUUUGGGAUUUUAGAAUGGAAACUAAACCCGUAGAAACAUAUCCAGUGCACGAAUACCUCCGAUCAAAAUUGUGCUCUUUGUAUGAGAAUGACUGUAUCUUCGAUAAGUUUGAAUGCUGCUGGAGUGGAGAUGAUCACAGGCUUAUGACCGGCUCCUAUAAUGGAUUCUUUAGAAUAUUCGAACGUAGCGGCGGCGGCGGUCGUCGUAACGAGCUGACGCUUGAAGCGUCGCGUGAGGCCGCAGCUCGACCGAGACAGCCUUUGCGCGCGCGUCGCGUCGCCACCACCGCUAAGAGGAAGAAGGAUGAAAUCAGCGUAGACUGCCUCGACUUCAUCAAGAAGAUUCUGCACACGGCGUGGCAUCCUCACGAAAGCAUCAUAGCCGUCGCCGCCACCAACAAUCUCUUCAUCUUCCAGGAUAAGUACUAG